AUGGCGGAGGGGGCGUUUGUUAUAACAGAUCAGGAAAGACUUGAUCGCCUGAAUAAUGAAGCCAGAGCAAAAAAGAACAGAGAUAUACCUUUUUCACCAAACAUGUUCCAGCCAUUUUAUAAUUUCACGAGAAAAAUAUUUGCAACCGAGAAACCUUACGAGGGUGGACGUGGAUUCCCUUUAACUUACACAUCUGGAGGGAACUUUCUCCAUCGCCCCUUCAUAGAUGUUCCUGCCUUACAGAUGACCACAUCAUGGUUCACGAUGCAAAAUGUUUUUAAUUCAAGAUUUUGCCAAAUUAUGGAACGUGACUUCUUCCGCUGUGUUGCAAGAGUUGGCAUUCAAAAUACAGACAAACAUUGCAAAAUAUACUGGGAAGAUUUGCUUGAAUGUCAGAAUCAUGAUAAAGCCAAAAAAAGAGCUAUGAUGAUGGAAAAAGUUAGGAAGGUAAAGAAAAUGGAACCAAUGGCCACUCUACCGUACAGCGCGUUUAAAGACUCCAACUUCUGA